CCCAAACAACAUACCCGAGGGACUCCGAUGGAAACCGAAUUUUUUUCACAAACGCCCCCUCUGCGAGACCCCAACAAAUAUCAACCCGCACCCACUUCGCCCGUCCCUCUCCUUGCUCUCUCCCUUUCCAACCUCAUCCUUCGUCAGAUUCAACCCAAAUCAGACAACCAGCACAUCCUUCACAAUGGCUGACAAGAAGAACAACCCUUCGUCCUUCGCCGUCGACUUCCUCAUGGGAGGCGUCUCCGCCGCCGUCUCCAAGACGGCUGCUGCCCCCAUCGAGCGUGUGAAGCUGCUCAUCCAGAACCAGGAUGAGAUGAUCAAGCAGGGUCGUCUUUCCAGCCCCUACAAGGGUAUCGGUGACUGCUUCAGCCGUGUCAUCAAGGAAGAGGGUGCCGGCCAACUGUGGCGUGGAAACAUGGCCAACGUCAUCCGUUACUUCCCUACCCAGGCCUUGAACUUUGCCUUCAAGGACUACUUCAAGAGGAUGUUCGGUUACAAGAAGGAGAAGGAUGGAUACUGGAAGUGGUUCGCCGGUAACUUGGCCUCUGGAGGUAUGGCCGGUGCCUCCUCCCUGGCUUUCGUCUACUCUCUCGACUACGCCCGUACCCGUCUCGCCAACGACAACAAGUCCGCUGGCAAGGGUGGAGAGCGUCAGUUCAACGGUCUCAUUGACGUCUACAAGAAGACCCUCGCCACUGACGGUAUCGCUGGUCUCUACCGUGGUUUCGUCAUCUCUUGCGUUGGUAUUGUCGUCUACCGUGGUCUGUACUUCGGUCUUUACGACUCUCUCAAGCCUGUUGUCCUCACCGGCAACUUGGCCAACAACUUCGGUGCUUCCUUCCUCCUUGGUUGGGGUAUCACCAUCGGUGCCGGUUUGGCCUCUUACCCCAUCGACACCGUUCGUCGUCGUAUGAUGAUGACCUCUGGUGCGGCCGUCAAGUACCGCAGCUCCGCUCACGCCUUCACCGAGAUUGUCAAGGCCGAGGGUACCAAGUCUCUCUUCAAGGGUGCUGGUGCCAACAUUCUCCGUGCUGUUGCUGGUGCUGGUGUGUUGUCUGGUUACGACGCCCUCCAGGUGUUGUUGUUCGGAAAGGCUUUCUCUGGCGGUUCCGGAUAAGCGCUCAGCUUUCUCAAGCAAAUACCACUCUCCAUCCACAUUUACCACAACCACCACAACAGAUAUCAGCAUUGGGCUGUUUAACUAGAUUAGCCUCUUGUCCGGGACACGAAACAAUUGUACAGCCCCGGAAUAAUAAAUGUUGUCUUGGUCUUGCAUUCCUCCAAUUCAAUCCGCAGAUGCCUCACUUUGAAAAUA